GCGGAACUCUAGCGUCACUUCCGCUACCGCGAUGGCGGCACAGGGAGCAACUGCAGCAGUUGCAGCAGCUACUUCGGGGGCUGUGGGAGAGGGCGAGCCCAGCCCUGGGGAAAAUGCGGCGGUCGAGGGAACAGCCCCAUCUCCGGGCCGGGUCUCUCCGCCGACCCCAGCGCGCGGCGAGCCAGAAGUUACGGUGGAGAUCGGAGAAACGUACCUGUGUCGGCGUCCGGACAGCACCUGGCAUUCUGCGGAAGUGAUCCAGUCUCGAGUGAAUGACCAGGAGGGCCGAGAGGAAUUCUAUGUGCACUAUGUGGGCUUUAACAGGCGACUGGAUGAAUGGGUAGACAAGAACCGGCUGGCACUGACCAAGACAGUGAAAGACGCUGUGCAGAAGAACUCAGAAAAGUACCUCAGUGAGCUGGCUGAGCAGCCUGAGCGCAAGAUCACUCGCAACCAAAAGCGCAAGCAUGAUGAGAUCAAUCAUGUGCAGAAGACUUACGCGGAGAUGGACCCCACCACAGCAGCCUUGGAGAAGGAACAUGAGGCGAUCACCAAGGUGAAGUACGUGGACAAGAUCCACAUUGGAAAUUACGAGAUUGAUGCCUGGUACUUUUCGCCAUUCCCUGAAGACUAUGGAAAGCAGCCCAAGCUCUGGCUGUGCGAGUACUGCCUCAAGUACAUGAAAUAUGAGAAGAGCUACCGCUUCCACUUGGGUCAGUGUCAGUGGCGGCAGCCGCCUGGAAAGGAGAUCUACCGCAAGAGCAACAUCUCUGUGUACGAAGUAGAUGGCAAAGACCACAAGAUUUAUUGUCAGAACUUGUGUCUGCUUGCCAAGCUUUUCCUGGAUCACAAGACUUUGUACUUUGACGUGGAGCCCUUCGUCUUUUACAUCUUGACAGAAGUGGACAGGCAAGGGGCCCACAUUGUGGGCUACUUCUCCAAGGAAAAGGAGUCCCCAGAUGGAAACAACGUGGCCUGCAUCCUCACCCUGCCCCCUUACCAGCGCCGCGGCUAUGGGAAGUUCCUCAUAGCUUUCAGCUAUGAGCUGUCCAAGCUGGAGAGCACAGUCGGCUCCCCAGAGAAGCCACUGUCUGACCUGGGCAAACUCAGCUACCGCAGCUACUGGUCAUGGGUCCUGCUGGAGAUACUGCGCGACUUCCGGGGCACAUUGUCCAUCAAGGACCUGAGCCAGAUGACCAGUAUCACCCAGAAUGACAUCAUCAGUACCCUGCAGUCUCUCAACAUGGUCAAGUACUGGAAGGGCCAGCACGUGAUCUGUGUCACACCCAAGCUUGUGGAAGAACACCUCAAAAGUGCCCAGUACAAGAAGCCACCCAUCACAGUGGACUCUGUCUGCCUGAAGUGGGCCCCCCCCAAGCACAAGCAAGUCAAGCUGUCCAAGAAGUGAGCAUCCGUGCCCUUUCUAGACCUGUGCCUCUUUGCUCCUAGCUGUAAAUAUGUACAGACCUCUUUUGUCAUUUUUUAAUAAAGUAAAUUC